GUUUUUUCAAACUGAAUUUUAACGGUAAAACAUGGAUUACAUUUCUAUUUUUUAUUUGCUUAUGCCUUGCUGUGUAUUGGCAUUUCUAUACAAAAUUGGAUAUUAUUGUUUCUUCAAAUACCAAUUUCGAUAUUGGAAAUCGCGCGGCAUUCCGCACGAAGACCCCAUUAUCCCGUUUGGAAAUGCCAAAGAAAUUGGUGACACGAAAAAUUUGGCACAUUUUACCACAGAACUGUACAAUAAAUACAAACGGACUGACGCUGAUAUUCCUUUUAUUGGCGCUUAUUUCGGGUGCAGUCCUUGGGCCAUAAUCACAGACCUCGAAUUGGCGAAAAAGAUUUUGACUACAUAUUUCUCUAAUUUCAGUGAUCGAGGACUUUACUAUAAUGACGUUGAUGAUCCAUUGACCGCCAAUUUGUUUACAUUGGAUUUUCAUCAUUGGGAUCCUUUGCGCAGUUCAAGUACGCCAGCAUUCACACCGCUCAGAAUGAGAUCGAUAUUUUCUGCAAUUGUACCUAUUGCAAGAGAAUUAUGUGUGUGUCUUGAUAGAGAGUUGGACAAUAAUGAAUCACUUUCAAUUCGAGAAUUUCUGGCAUGCCUAACUACAGAUAUUAUUGGAAUCUGUGUGUUUGGCAUCAAUUGCAAUAGUUUAAACAACCCAAAUGCGGAGUUUCGAAAUUAUGGUCGAAAACUGUUUGAAUCUCCAAGACAUGGUGUUUUUAUUCGUAGAAUUCUGGACGAAUAUCCCCGUAUUGCUAGAAUGCUUCAUAUCAAAAAAAUUCCCGACGAUAUUUCGGCAUUUUUUAUAAGAGUUAUUCGCGAAACCAUUGAAUAUCGGGAAAGGAAUGGAGUUCAAGAAAAUGAUAUUAUGGACCUCCUAAUCAGUAGGAAAAAUGAAAGGAAACAGGAAAUUGGGGAAGAAAAAGCGUUUAACGAAUUAGCUUCUCUUGCAUUCGUAUUUUUUCAAGCCGGCUUCGAUAGUUCAGCUUCAACAUUAGCAUUUUGCUUAUUUGAGCUGGCGAAAAACAAAAACAUACAAACUAAAGCAAGGGAGUCGAUUAACGAACAUAUGCAUAACGAGGAAUUGACAUAUGAAAUGAUGGAAAAAAUGCCAUAUAUUGAUAUGGUAUUAAAAGAAACACUGCGAAAAAAUCCACCGGCAUCGAACAUGCCCCGUGUUUGUCAAAAUGAUUUUCUCGUUCCUGGAACUAAUACCGUCAUUGAGAAAGGAACAAAAGUAAUCAUUCCGGUUUACGCCAUCCACCAUGACCCGGAAAUCUAUCCCAAUCCAGACACGUUCGACCCAGAUCGCUUUAAUUCUGCAGAAGCGAUGAAUAAUUUCCUUGCCUUUAGCAAAGGUCGACGUGAUUGCAUCGGAAAGCGGUUCGCCAUGAUGCAAGCCAAAAUCGGCUUAAUCUAUUUGUUGAAGAAUUUCGAAUUUUCAUUGGCUGAAACUAUGCCAGAAGAAAUUCCACUGAUGAUAAAUAAUGCGCUGCUCACACCGGAAUAUCUGCAUCUCAAUCUUACGGCAAUAAGACCAUAAAAUUACAAAAAGGUCAGCUCGACGACUUAUUCGCCAAAAAUGUUCAUCUUUGAAUGUGAUUCUUAUGCAUAAGUUAUGUAUUUUAUG